UUCAGAAUUUGGAAUCUACGCAUUUAUAAAGGAAACACACGAGUGCUCUCUUUGCCAGCCGCUCCCCUUCUCAGAAACCAAACCAUACAUACACGGUGCAUGCAUGGAUUGGUCAUUACCCGCAGGUAAGAAGUUGCUGCUGCUGGUUGUGGCGGCCACCCAGAUCUUGCAGCACAAGACUGCAACCGGUGGGGUUGGUGCUGGGAGCAGCAGCCUGGCAAAGCCCGGCUGCCCCGACAAGUGCGGCAACGUCAGCAUCCCCUACCCGUUUGGAAUUGGAACUAGGGAAGGUUGCUUCCGGAGUGGCUUCAAUGUCACAUGCGACGAAGAUCAAGCGGCGUAUCUCGGGUCGAACAAGACCUUUAAGGUAUUCGAAAUCAACCUGUCCCAGGGCGAGGCUCGCGUUCAGAAGCACAUAAGAGCAAGCUGCAGCGAAGACACCGAGGACACCGGCCUGGCCUUGCAUGGGCGACACGGCAGAUUCAGAUAUGGCCAUUCUUUCACAGUUUCUAACACUAAGAACAAAUUCACGGCAAUCGGGUGUGCUACCAUUGCAGUCAUCCAUGGCGAGAACAAAUUUGAAUAUACCAGCAUAUGUGGAUCGUUCUGCAAUGACGAGCACAGCAUCGAAAAUAGCACACAGUGCACUGGCAUGGGUUGCUGUCAGACUUCCAUCCCAGCUAAUCUUAAAGUUUUCUCGAUCUCAUUCUUAACAGUAAACGGUGUGGACUACUCUGCUGUCCAGAAUUUCAGUCCAUGCAGCUACGCUUUCGUUACCGAGGAGGACCGGUUCAAAUUCAAUGCUUCGUAUGCCAAAUCAACAGAAUUUCUAAAACUGUAUGGUGGGUUUGAGCCUGGCCGUGGGGUUCCUAUGGUGCUCGACUGGGUCGUUGGCAAUGAAACUUGCGUGGAAGCCGAGACGAAAUCAACAUAUGCAUGCCGCGCCGAGAAGAGCGUCUGCAUCAAUGUGCCCAAUGGCUUGGGGUAUCGAUGCAACUGCUCUCCAGGUUAUGAGGGAAACCCCUACCUAGACCGAGGGUGCCAAGAUAUCAAUGAGUGUGAUUCUUCAUCAGUGUAUUCAUGCAAUGGUGAAUGCAUCAACACCAUUGGGAGCUACAAUUGUUCAUGCCCAUCAGGAACUCAGAGCAAGGAUCCCAAGAGCACACCCUGCAGUCCAAUAGUUCCUGGCUCCAACCAGCCUCAAGUGAAGGUGGUCAUAGGUACUUCCAUUAGCUUAGUCUUCCUCAUCUUUUGUAUCUUUGCUACAAUGAUCAAGUGUCAAAAAAAGAAGCUGGCAAAAGAGAAGAAGAAGUUCUUCAAACAGAAUGGUGGUCAGAUAUUAUAUCAGCAAAUACUCUCUAAACAAGUUGAUACAAUGAUAAUAUUCACCGUAGAAGAUUUGAAGAAGGCAACAAACAAUUUCGAUAAGAGCAGAGAACUGGGCACAGGGGGGCAGGGCACUGUCUACAAGGGCAUUCUAAGGGAUAACAAGGUGGUUGCUGUGAAGCGCUCAAAGAUCGUGAAUGUGGUACAUACCAAAGAAUUUGUGCAAGAGAUUAUUAUACUUUCACAGAUCAACCACAGGAACGUAGUCAGGCUUCUAGGCUGCUGCUUAGAAGUGGAAGUGCCCAUAUUAGUGUAUGAAUUCAUCCCAAAUGGCACUCUCUUUCACUUGAUCCAUGGUGACCACAACAAACAACCUGUUUCGCUGGAAGUUCGUCUCCGUAUCGCCCAGGAAUCUGCCGAAGCAUUGGCGUAUAUGCAUCUCUCCAUCAAUCAGCCCAUAGUACAUGGAGAUGUGAAGUCUCUAAACAUUCUCCUAGAUGAAAAUUACAUGGCGAAGGUGACCGACUUCGGGUCAUCAAAGAUUCUUCCCAAGGACGCAGUUCAACUAAUGACAAUGGUGCAGGGAACUUUGGGUUAUCUAGACCCUGAGUACUUGCAAGAGCGAAAAUUGACAGAGAAAAGCGAUGUUUAUAGCUUCGGAGUUGUACUUCUAGAGCUUAUCACAAGGAAGACAGCGAUAUACUCCGAGGGACAUGAGGAAGAUAAAAGACUUGCAUCAUCCUUCCUACAAGCAAUGAAGGAGAACAGACUUGAAAGUCUCUUGGACACUAGCAUAAUGGCUAUGGGAAUGGGGGAACUGUUCCAAGAAGUUGCUGAGCUAGUUAGCAUGUGCUUGAGUUUCAAAGGGGAGGAGAGGCCUUCCAUGACCCAAGUGGUUGACAAGCUAAAAGCUAUACGAAGUACCUGGAAAGAGGUUCUUAUGUUGAAGCACGAAGAAACUAAAUAUCUAGCUGAGAGGCCAUGCAUGGCUUCGACAUUUAGCAUCUCGCCUAGCAUGUACUGGACGGCGCGAAUGAUGGGGGUGGAUAUCGAAACACCAUAGGUAGACCAUGACGGCACUACCAACAUGAGAUAUGAAUAUUAGAUGAUAGGUCUCCAGUUGUAUACAUAUAGUUGUCGUGCAUGUAGUCUAGCAACCAAACAAUCUCACUUGAUCACACCUAGUCUUGGCAUGUAGGUGUCAUGCAAUCACGUUAUUGUAGCUCAUCAGUGGUACGGUGUAUAGCUUACACGAUUAAUUAUUUUCUCCUUAUUGUUGUUGAGAUCUUAGUAUAUUUUUCCUGAUCAAAGGAUUAUAAAAGCUUAUUUUCUUCUCUAA